AUGUUACAUAAUAAAAAAGCUUCAGAUAACGAAUUAAGCCAAAAAAAAAAAAAAUCAGGAGGAACAAAUAGCAAAGAGAUAAAAAUAGAAUCUUUAAAAGAAAAUAUUGCAAAAGAAGAUACGUAUAAUAUAGAAGAAAAGAAAAGAAAAGAAAUAUUAAUGAAAUGUGAAGAAUUGCAAAAAAAAGAACUUGAAGCUUUAAAAUUGAUUUAUGUGUUAAAUGGAGAGUUGAAUAUAAAGAACGAAAAUGAUAAAGAAAAACAUACCAUAAUACAUAUUCAAUUAAAUGAUCAAAAUAUAAAUGAUAAUAUAAUAAAUUUAACUUUUGAAUUACCAAAAGAUUAUCCUUUAAAUUCUUUUUUAAUAAUUAAUAUAUGUGUAAAAAAUUUUUCUACUGAUAUGAAUAACUAUAUAAAUGAUCAAAUAUAUAAAUAUAUUCAGAAUUAUUUUGAACAAGAGUGCAUUCUACAUAUCAUAUACAAAGUUAAUGAAUUAGUUGAAAAUAUACAAAAUAAAAAAGAAGUAAUAGAUAAUAGCGAUUCUUCAUCGGAUGAAAAAAUAGGUAAAGACGAUAAGAAUUCACAAGAAUUAAUAAAUAAUAUACCACUUUUAUACUAUAAGAUGCCUUAUUCUCAUCAAAGUAGAAUAUUAUCUAGAAGAUUAUGUUAUUCUCAUCAUAUUCUUAGUUUAAUUAAAAGAUCUUAUAUUCUCAAAUGGGCAAAAGAAUUAAAUAUAGGAGGAUAUUCUAAAAUAGGAUAUCCUGGUAUAAUUAUUUGUGAAGGACCUAAAGAAGAAGUAGAUUUUUAUAUUAACAGCUUAAAUAAAUUGAGAUGGAAACAUUUUGAUUGUAGAGGUAUGGAAGAUAUAAAAUUAAAUGAAUAUGAAGACUUGGAUGAAGCACGAGUUUUACCUAAAUCCAUGUAUGAAUUAGACUCUAAAGGAAUGAGUACCUUAUCAAAUAUAUGUACAGAAUGUGGAUUAAGAGAUCUAUUUUUAACGAGUAUGAAAAUAUAUAAUACAAAUGGUAAGCAUGUGAAAAGUGAAAAAAGUAAAAAUCUAGACAAAAAUAAUGAGGAAAAUUUGAAAAUAAAUAAUAAAGGAAAAAAAAAAAAAAAAAAAUAA